GGCCGGAGACGCCAUCUUCCAGUAAUUCACCAAAAUGACAAACACAAAGGGAAAGAGGAGAGGCACCCGAUACAUGUUCUCUAGGCCUUUUAGAAAACAUGGAGUUGUUCCUUUGGCCACAUAUAUGCGAAUCUACAAGAAAGGUGAUAUUGUAGACAUCAAGGGAAUGGGUACUGUUCAAAAAGGCAUGCCACACAAAUGUUACCAUGGCAAAACUGGAAGAGUUUACAAUGUUACCCAGCAUGCUGUUGGCAUUGUUGUAAACAAACAAGUUAAGGGCAAGAUCCUCGCGAAGAGGAUUAAUGUUCGUAUUGAGCAUAUUAAGCACUCUAAGAGCCGAGAUAGCUUCCUGAAACGGGUGAAGGAAAAUGAUCAGAAAAAGAAGGAAGCCAAAGAGAAAGGUACCUGGGUUCAACUGAAGCGCCAGCCUGCGCCACCCCGAGAAGCCCACUUUGUGAGAACUAACGGAAAGGAGCCUGAGCUCCUGGAACCCAUUCCCUAUGAAUUCAUGGCAUAAUAAGCAUAUAACAUGGCACAAAGGAGUACUAGUGGACCCAUGUUUUUAGGAGCAAGAACCUAUUUAUUCCCCAUUAGCUCAUGGCAUAAUAUGUGUACAGCAUAGCACACAGGAUAACCAAUAGACCCCAUGUAACAGUGAUACAAGGUGCUGGGACCUAUUUCCCACGAAUUCAAAAGUCAAUUAACACUUUGUCACAUUAAAUGGCAAGGUGCCUCCCUGAGCUGCUGGAACCUCUUCCCCUAUGAAUUCAUGGCAUGGUAGAUACAAAUAA